AUGGUUUCUGUAGGAGCAUCUUCAGUUCUGGGGCAGAACAAGGCUCUGAACUCUGGCUCUUCUACAUCUUUACUGGGACUGCCCUUCCUCCAGACCACUACUGACCCUGCACACCAGCUGCCCAGGGAGUGGCCUACAGCCCCUGUACUGACUACAGCAUUUCCUUCUGGCUGCUCCUUGGUGCUGUCUGCUCCCACUGAGACACCGUUAGUAACAUCAUUUGAGAGUCAUGGCCCAAGUGCCACUGGGACUGUCAAUAUCAUUCUGCAAGUCAGUGCAGAACCAGUGCUCAGCCAGGUUCCUCCCAGUCAGGUUUUUGUCCUGAAUCAGGCCCCUGUGAACUGGAGCACCCUGGGAACCAUCUCUGGAGCUGUGGAGGGUGCCCCUACCCUCCUCUUGGCAGCUCCUGCUGUGCACACUGUUACGCGUGCUCCAAACAUCGAGGUGUCCAAGGCCAAGGCCUCGCUCGACGACUCCUGCAACCCCAGGAGUGUUUACAAAAACUUCCAACGCUGGCAGCGCUUCAAGACCCUGGCCAGGAGCCACCUGCCCCAGAGUCCUGAUGGCGAGGCUCUGUCCUGCUUCUUCAUCCCAGUGCUCCGGUCCCUGUCCUGCCUGACGCCUACCAUGUCGCUGGAAGAGGGCCUGUCCCAGGCCAUGCAGGAAUGGCAGCGCACAAGCUCCUUUGACCGCAGGAAAUACUAUGAGAUGGCGGCCAAGUUCAUGGAGUUCGAGGCUGAGGAGGAGAUGCAGAUUCAGCAGCUGCAGGAGCUGAAUGGCUCCCAGUACCUGCCUCCUGUGGCCCCACCAAAGCCUGACCCCCCAGGGCUCCUGAUCCCCGAGGUUAUCCAGGAACAAGGGUGCAGUGUCCCCAGGAAGGCCUGCCUCGAGGCCACACCCAGCCACCUGUCACCAUCCAGAGCCUCUCAGAGGCCAGACCCCAAGGGGCCAAAGGACAUCCCGCCUGAAGUCAUGCAGGAGUAUGUGGACAUCAUGGAGGGGCUGCUGGGAUAUGGUGGCCAGUGGGCACAGGAUGCCGUCCAGCCCGGACAGGAGGAUGGGGCAUUCCCCGACCUGGGGCUCCUGAGCUACAUGGAAGAGUUGUGCUCCCAGGGGGAAUUUGUCACCAAGGUGGAGGCCGUCCUUCACCCCCAAUUCCUGGCAGAACUGCUCUCCCCAAAACCAGGGAUGGAUCUCUUGGCUCUAAUGGAGGAGCUGGAGCAGGAGGACAGGCUCACCCCAGAUCAGCUGGUGGAGAAGCGCCUCCGGGCCCUGAAGGAGGACAGGGGUGAGGAGGCAGCCCCAGGUCCUGGAGCACCUAUAUUGGGGUCCAGUAAUUAUAAGCCUGUGACCAGCCCAGAUUCAGAGAGACACGACCAUGGCCCCUAUGACAGGAUCAGCUUGGAGACCCACCUCCCAAAGAAGGCUUCCCAGGACUCUGAGGAACACCACAGGGGAGAUGCUGACCUUCUCUGGCCUAAGGACACUGAUAUCUUCCCAGGGCGUGUGGGGCCACUCCCACUAAGCACCACUGGGCCAGCCUCUCCACGCCAGGGACACGGACUCUCUCACCCUUGCCUGGGGACCAGGGGAGCCUCAGGCGGUGUAGGCACCUCGCCAGUCAGGAGGAUGUGCUGGCCAGCAGAUGGGUCCAGUGAGGACGAAGAGCAGCUCCCCAGCCUGGCCUUCUUCAUGGCCUCCCCGCACAGCCUGCUGCCCUGGGUGCCAGCCCUGAGCCCUGCGCCCACCGCAGGCCAUCUCCAUCCUGGAGGUUGCAGGCCCCGGGGAGCAACCAAGGCCCGAUCUGCACACAGAAGAAGCCUGAGCUCAGCUACCCAUCUGCCUUCCAAGUCAAAGAAGCGAGAUGUCAUUGGAGGUUCCAUCCCUAGUAGUAAGAAGCUGAAAGUCUCUGAACUGGACAGUAUUGGUGACAGUCUCAUCCUGGCCAUGCUGCCAACAAACCAUCAGUCUUGCCCCAGGUUUGUUCAGCUGUCAGCCAUUGCCAGCACUGGGCAUAGUCUCGUAGGAAUUGUUCAGUCAAGUGCCAGUAAUCUGAAUAGAAGGCACAGCCUGUGA